CUAGAUUAGAUUGAGUAAAUAAAUAUUGUACUACAUUCAUCGACACUACAGUGCCAGUGCGCGGUCUACACAGACGCCAGGCGUUAUCACACAGAAAAUAACAAAAUAUGCUGCUCUACAUAUGGAUAGCAACCAUUUUCGCAGCCCUCUGGCUGUACUUGAGACGAGUACACUCGAGGUUCACCCGGUAUGGCGUGAAGGAGAUAACACCUGUCCCAUUUUUCGGCAACCAGCUACCAGGACUUAGGCAAAAGGAGCACCUAAUAGAACAUUUGGACCGGAUCUACAAGUCCUUCCCGGAGGAGAAGUUUGUGGGAAGGUGGGAAUUUACGAAUCCAACGGUAAUGCCACGAGACAUCGAGCUGAUAAAGAAGAUAACAAUCAAAGAUUUCGAGUACUUUAUUGACCACAGAUCGGUGGUUGACGAACAUAACGAUCCAUUCUUUGGUAGAAACUUGUUUGCUUUAAAAGGUGAAGAAUGGAAAGACAUGCGCUCGACCCUCAGCCCAGCGUUCACCAGCUCCAAGAUCAGGUUGAUGGUGCCCUUCAUGUUGGAACUCGUCAACCAGAUGAUAGAUACUUUGAAAGCGCAACUUAAAGAAUCAAACGAAAACUACAUCGACGUUGAUGUGAAAGACCUCACCACUCGUUACGCCAAUGACGUCAUCGCUUCGUGUGCUUUUGGGCUUAGAGUUAACUCUCACGCUGAACCCAACAACGAGUUUUAUAGUGUGGGAAAAAAAGCCCUAAACUUUGGCUAUAAAGCAAUAUUGAAAUUUCUAGGAUUUUUCCUUAUUCCCGGCGUUAUGAAACAUCUAAAGUUGAAAGUCUUUGAUGAAUCCAUCACGAACUUCUUCAAAAACAUGGUGACCGAUACAAUGCACGAAAGGGAGGUGCAUAACAUCUUCAGGCCAGACAUGAUACAUUUACUGAUGGAAGCAAAAAAAGGAAGACUGGUUCACGAAGACAAAAGCAAUGACGCUGAUGCAGGAUUUGCAACUGUUGAGGAGUCUUUUGUUGGAAAGAAGAAAGUCAAUAGAGAAUGGUCCGACAGCGACCUGAUCGCCCAAGCUGUGCUAUUCUUCAUCGCUGGAUUCGAGACAGCUUCCACUGCGAUGUCGUUUGCACUCCACGAGCUGGCCCUCAACCCAGAUGUCCAGGACAAGCUGCUGGCUGAAAUCAAAGAGAAUGAAGCUAAAAACGGUGGCAGAUUCGACUACAAGACCAUUCAGAAUAUGGUUUACAUGGACAUGUUCGUUUCAGAGGUCUUAAGAAUGUGGCCAGCUGCGAUACAGUUGGAAAGAGUGUGCCAUAAAGACUACAACUUGGGAAGACCAAGCAAAGAGGCUACGCAAGAUUUCAUCGUUCGCGCUGGUGAAGUGAUCGUCAUCCCGGUUUACUCAAUUCACCGAGACCCAAAGUAUUUCCCUGAUCCGGAGAAGUUUGACCCGGAAAGGUUUUCUGAAGAGAACAAACAUAAAAUCCAACCGUUCACAUACUUGCCCUUUGGGGCGGGUCCAAGAAAUUGCAUUGGGUCGCGGUUCGCCCUGUGCGAAGUGAAGGUGAUGCUGUACCAGCUGCUGCUGCAAAUGGAGGUGUCUCCGUGCGCGCAGACCUGUGUGCCCUCCCGCAUAGCGAGGGACAAGUUCACCUUCACCCUGCAAGGGGGCUUCUGGGUCCGGCUGAAGAUGAGAGAUUUGACUGAAAUAAAUGUUAUAUUAUUUACUGCGUUCAUCGACCACUACAGUGCUAAUGUUCUGAGAAUACAGACGCUAGACGCUAUCAAACAGAAAAUAAGAGUGUCACGGUCACUGCGGCGCGGACUCGACCACACGCGAAGCCACAUAGAGAAUAUGUUGCUCUACAUUUGGAUAGCAACCAUUUUCGCAGCCCUCUGGCUGUACUUCAGACGGCUACAUUCGAGGUUCUCCCGGUAUGGCGUGAAGGAUAUACCACCUAUCCCACUUUUGGGAAACCAGUUACCACUCUUCCGACAAAAGGAGCAUUUAGUGGAACAAUUGGAUCGGAUCUACAAGGCCUUCCCUGAGGAAAAAUUUGUGGGAAGGUGGGAACUGAUGAACCCAACAUUGAUACCACGAGACAUAGAGCUGAUAAAGAAGAUAACCAUAAAGGAUUUCGAGUACUUCAUCGACCACAGAUCUAUGGUUGACGAAAAUAACGAUCCUUUCUUUGGGAGAAACCUGUUUACUUUAAAAGGUCAAGAAUGGAAAGAUAUGCGCUCGACCCUCAGCCCAGCGUUCACCAGCUCCAAGAUCAGGUUGAUGGUGCCCUUCAUGUUGGAACUUGCCAACCAAAUGGUUGAAUUUUUGAAAACAAAACUUAAGGAAUCAGGCGAAAACUACAUCGACAUUGAUGUGAAAGACCUUACCAGUCGUUACGCCAAUGACGUCAUAGCUUCAUGUGCUUUUGGGCUUAGAGUUAAUUCUCACACUGACGUUAACAACGAGUUUUAUCAUGUAGGAAAGAAUGCUCUCAACUUCGGCUGUAAGCAAAUGCUAAAAUUCCUGGGUUAUUUUCUUAUUCCCACUAUUAUGAAGACUCUAAAUGUAAAGAUCUUUAGUGACACUACCAUAAACUUCUUUAAAAACAUGGUCACUAGCACAAUGCAAGAAAGGGAGGUGCAUAACAUCAUCAGGCCAGACAUGAUACAUCUGCUGAUGGAAGCCAAAAAAGGAAGACUGGAUCACGAAGACAAAAACAAUGAUGCUGAUGCAGGAUUUGCAACUGUUGAGGAGUCUUCUGUUGGGAAGAAGAAAGUCAAUAGAGAAUGGUCAGACAACGACCUGAUCGCCCAAGCCGUGCUGUUUUUCAUCGCUGGAUUUGAAACCGUUUCCACGGCGAUUUCGUUUGCAUUCCACGAGCUGGCCAUCAACCCAGAUGUUCAAGACAAACUGCUGGCGGAAAUCAAAGACAAUGAAGUUAACAACGGCGGAAAAUUCGACUAUAAGACCAUACAGAAUAUGGUUUACAUGGACAUGUUUGUUUCAGUGUUUGCUUCGCGCUCGACUUGGCGGGGGCACUGCCGUGCCCCCAGACUAAAGUUGAAAGUCUUUGAUGAAUCCAUCACGAACUUCUUCAAAAACAUGGUGACCGAUACAAUGCACGAAAGGGAGGUGCAUAACAUCUUCAGGCCAGACAUGAUACAUUUACUGAUGGAAGCAAAAAAAGGAAGACUGGUUCACGAAGACAAAAGCAAUGACGCUGAUGCAGGAUUUGCAACUGUUGAGGAGUCUUUUGUUGGAAAGAAGAAAGUCAAUAGAGAAUGGUCCGACAGCGACCUGAUCGCCCAAGCUGUGCUAUUCUUCAUCGCUGGAUUCGAGACAGCUUCCACUGCGAUGUCGUUUGCACUCCACGAGCUGGCCCUCAACCCAGAUGUCCAGGACAAGCUGCUGGCUGAAAUCAAAGAGAAUGAAGCUAAAAACGGUGGCAGAUUCGACUACAAGACCAUUCAGAAUAUGGUUUACAUGGACAUGUUCGUUUCAGAGGUCUUAAGAAUGUGGCCAGCUGCGAUACAGUUGGAAAGAGUGUGCCAUAAAGACUACAACUUGGGAAGACCAAGCAAAGAGGCUACGCAAGAUUUCAUCGUUCGCGCUGGUGAAGUGAUCGUCAUCCCGGUUUACUCAAUUCACCGAGACCCAAAGUAUUUCCCUGAUCCGGAGAAGUUUGACCCGGAAAGGUUUUCUGAAGAGAACAAACAUAAAAUCCAACCGUUCACAUACUUGCCCUUUGGGGCGGGUCCAAGAAAUUGCAUUGGGUCGCGGUUCGCCCUGUGCGAAGUGAAGGUGAUGCUGUACCAGCUGCUGCUGCAAAUGGAGGUGUCUCCGUGCGCGCAGACCUGUGUGCCCUCCCGCAUAGCGAGGGACAAGUUCACCUUCACCCUGCAAGGGGGCUUCUGGGUCCGGCUGAAGAUGAGAGAUUUGACUGAAAUAAAUGUUAUAUUAUUUACUGCGUUCAUCGACCACUACAGUGCUAAUGUUCUGAGAAUACAGACGCUAGACGCUAUCAAACAGAAAAUAAGAGUGUCACGGUCACUGCGGCGCGGACUCGACCACACGCGAAGCCACAUAGAGAAUAUGUUGCUCUACAUUUGGAUAGCAACCAUUUUCGCAGCCCUCUGGCUGUACUUCAGACGGCUACAUUCGAGGUUCUCCCGGUAUGGCGUGAAGGAUAUACCACCUAUCCCACUUUUGGGAAACCAGUUACCACUCUUCCGACAAAAGGAGCAUUUAGUGGAACAAUUGGAUCGGAUCUACAAGGCCUUCCCUGAGGAAAAAUUUGUGGGAAGGUGGGAACUGAUGAACCCAACAUUGAUACCACGAGACAUAGAGCUGAUAAAGAAGAUAACCAUAAAGGAUUUCGAGUACUUCAUCGACCACAGAUCUAUGGUUGACGAAAAUAACGAUCCUUUCUUUGGGAGAAACCUGUUUACUUUAAAAGGUCAAGAAUGGAAAGAUAUGCGCUCGACCCUCAGCCCAGCGUUCACCAGCUCCAAGAUCAGGUUGAUGGUGCCCUUCAUGUUGGAACUUGCCAACCAAAUGGUUGAAUUUUUGAAAACAAAACUUAAGGAAUCAGGCGAAAACUACAUCGACAUUGAUGUGAAAGACCUUACCAGUCGUUACGCCAAUGACGUCAUAGCUUCAUGUGCUUUUGGGCUUAGAGUUAAUUCUCACACUGACGUUAACAACGAGUUUUAUCAUGUAGGAAAGAAUGCUCUCAACUUCGGCUGUAAGCAAAUGCUAAAAUUCCUGGGUUAUUUUCUUAUUCCCACUAUUAUGAAGACUCUAAAUGUAAAGAUCUUUAGUGACACUACCAUAAACUUCUUUAAAAACAUGGUCACUAGCACAAUGCAAGAAAGGGAGGUGCAUAACAUCAUCAGGCCAGACAUGAUACAUCUGCUGAUGGAAGCCAAAAAAGGAAGACUGGAUCACGAAGACAAAAACAAUGAUGCUGAUGCAGGAUUUGCAACUGUUGAGGAGUCUUCUGUUGGGAAGAAGAAAGUCAAUAGAGAAUGGUCAGACAACGACCUGAUCGCCCAAGCCGUGCUGUUUUUCAUCGCUGGAUUUGAAACCGUUUCCACGGCGAUUUCGUUUGCAUUCCACGAGCUGGCCAUCAACCCAGAUGUUCAAGACAAACUGCUGGCGGAAAUCAAAGACAAUGAAGUUAACAACGGCGGAAAAUUCGACUAUAAGACCAUACAGAAUAUGGUUUACAUGGACAUGUUUGUUUCAGAAGUCCUAAGACUAUGGCCAGCUGCGAUGCAGUUAGACAGAGUGUGCCUAAAAGACUACAACUUGGGAAAACCAAACAACGGGGCUACACAGGAUUACAUUAUUCGUGCUGGUGAAGGAAUUAUCAUCCCGACUUACUCAAUCCACCGAGACCCAAAGUAUUUUCCUAAUCCUGAAAAAUUUGAUCCCGAAAGAUUUUCUGAAGAAAACAAGCAUAAAAUACACCCUUUUGCCUACAUGCCCUUUGGAUCUGGCCCAAGGAAUUGCAUAGGGUCACGGUUCGCCCUGUGCGAAGUGAAGGUGGUGCUGUACCAGCUGCUGCUGCAAAUGGAGGUGUCUCCGUGCGCGAAGACCUGCGUACCUUCCCGCGUGGCCAGAGACGCCUUCAACUUCAGCCUGCACGGCGGCCAUUGGGUUCGGCUGAAGAUGAGGACUUAG